AUGAAGUGGCACGCUUUCUUGUAUUUGAUGCCCAUUUUGGGCUCAGUGACGGCGCAAUCAGAUCCUCUCGACCAGCUUAUAUCUGAGGCAUACUCUGUUUACACGCAAGUGACAUCGAUUAUCGCCUCUGCCGCAUCGGCAGCCUCAGUUGCAGCAACGGUUUCUGCAUCUUCACCAAGUACGCUGUCAUCAGUUACGAGAGCUUCCGCAACGUCCAGUGAUGAAGACACCUCAAGUUCAAGCGCAGGACGCAGUUCCUCCGCAGCGUCUGCCUCAAGGGCAUCUAUUUCAAGCUCAGCUUCAACAUCAUCUACUGCCUCGCGUUCAAGCAGUGCAUCAUCGUCAGACCGAUCCUCGUCUCUAGCGGCAUCAUCUGGUUCCUCGAGAACAUCUGGUGUUGUGGGAACAUCCUCAAUCAUAGGAGCAACUCUCGAGACCGGCACUGCACUUCCUUCUGCCAAUAAUACAAGCGGUAGCGGAAAUCACAAGCUGCCAAUCAUUCUAGGCGCCGUCUUAGGAGCGCUCGCCCUUGGACUGUUCAUACUGGCUCUCCUCAUAUGCUGCAAACGUCGACGCCAGCGAUCGCACUCUCCCCGACAUCGAGCACUCUCCCCUGGAGAUGAUGAGGUCGAUAGCUGGAGGGUAUCUAGGCCAUCAGGCUUAACUGAUGCUUCGAGCCAUCAUGCUUAUGGCGGUGCCGGGUUCGCCCCUCCGAUGUCGCAACAUCCUGCAUUCCGUGGACAUCAGUCAGAUCACAUGAACCCGUUUGUACCUGUUCCACCGCCUCCAAGGAGGUCUGCUCCGAAUUCUCGAGCAGGCUUGACGGAUGCCUCAGUCCCCGGCGACGACCCAUUCCUCGAGAAGGGAAUCGGCGGUGGUGCCAGACCAAGUACUUCUCGAAGUCGUGAUAGCUCACAUGGACGAGGAGGUGCACUAGCCGCGGGUGUGGCUGGCGCUGCAGUUGGUGCAGGGCUUCUACACCACCAUCAUCGCAAACAGCAUGACGAUGAGAAAACCCUGGUGACUGAGGAACCUGCCUCAUAUGCAGUCUCGGAACCUCCUCGUAGUCUUGAUCCAGCCCUUCCAGCAAAGAUUUCCAGAAAACCUGUUCCGAUCAACACUGUCAAUAACAGUGAGCCAUGGCCGUAUUCUCCUGUUUCGCCCAUCGAUCCAGCUACUGAAUCGACCGCCUUGACUGGAUUACCUAACCGCACCAGCCAAGAAUCACGUCGAAGCUUUAGCCGUGAUGCUGCAAGGGCCAAUGCCGCUUUCGAUAACGAAUACUCUCCUCAGAACCAUCUGCUGCACGAACCUGAGUUACCAACACCCCAAGUCCAGAGUCAUGGCCAUGGACAAGCUCUGGCAACAGCAGCUGCUGGCCUCGCUGUAGGCGGCAUAGGUGGUGCAGCCUUGGCUCAUCAUCACGACAAUCACCGCCGUUCACGAAGUAGCAGCAGUGGUAGUGGAAAUCGUCGAAACAUCGGCCAUGCGCAUGGCCAUCACAGCCAUAGUCAAUCGCCUAGUCGACGACCCGGUCCAAUGCUGAAUGACAACUACACCCCUGGUGCCUCGACGGACAGCAGUAGCAACAACAGCUACACCUACAGUGACGCCUUACCGGCACAACCCAUCCACAACCAGGAAGAGCCUCUCUUCACAUCUCAACCAGUGACUGCUCCCGCUCCUGCUCCAUUGCAGUCCAACAACCCACCAGCGCCGUACGACGUUCCAGCCGUCCCCACAACACGCAGCCGACGCAACAGCGCCCUUGGCACAGCAGCCCCUAGCGCUGCGGUAUACAGCUACAUCAACCGGCCAGCAAUCCCAAGCCCACUGUCCAGCGAGAUCCGACACGACCGAUCUUACUCUCCGCCACAUAUGCCCAGUCGCAGUCCACGCCGUAGCAGUCGUGGACGUGCAUCCCAGGACUCGACAGCGUAUGACGAUGUCUACUCGUCCAAUCCAUGGGUCGGCAGCGGCGCAGGAGGAGGACAUCACUACCCUACUCACAGUGCCAUGCUCCCCAGCGAACAACCAUAUAAAUAUCGCGAGCGUUCCGCCCACGACAUGCCACCGCUGGACAGUGACAUCAGCGCCGCCGACAAAGCCAUCGUCGGCGACAACGGGUAUCCGCACAUGGGCGUCCCGCGCCGCAAGUCCGGCGGUGAAUAUGAUUUUGAGAAUGGGCCGUUCGGCCCACAGACUCUUCCAGCCCCAACAUCAGGUGAGGGGAACGCGACACGCUCCUCGACGCUCAACAGCGACGACAGCACAUGGCGUCUGAGCAGUGGGAUGCCCGGUGGUUGGCGCCGCGCGAGUGGCGAGUACUCCCGCAUCAGUGGUGAGCAACCGAGGCGUAUCCCUGGGCGGCUACGGGCGAGCGAUGUCGAGAGGGGUGAAGGCCAGCGAUAUUAUGAUGGUGUCGGACAGGCGCUUUGA